AUGGCUUCAGUUAAGCCAAUCAUUGGCGGGGGCCUUUUCUUGUCCAAAGACAACUGGACCCCUGCUGCCCUCAAGUCAUGCCUCGAAGAUCUCCGUGUGAGGGGAGUGACUGAGAUAGACGUCGCACAAGGUUACGGUGACAGCGAAGAGCUCCUCGGUGAAGCUCGAGCUGGAGAAAGCUUCAACAUCGCCACGAAAAUUCCUGGCAUUAUGGACCCUGGCUCUUUGCGCAAAGACCAAGUAUUUCAGCGAACUCGGGCAUCAUUGAAGAAGCUCAAUAUCAAGCAAACCGACAUUCUUUACCUCCACUCCCCUGAUCCUACGAUUCCCAUCGAGGAGACUCUCUCAGGCAUCCAACAGCUUUUCGAAGAUGGAGCUUUUCGGCGCUUCGGCGUUUCCAAUCACACGGCCAAUGAGGUGCAGAGAGUCUACGACCAUCAGAAAUCCAAAGGCUGGGUUCUUCCAACCGUCUACCAGGGGAACUAUAAUCCCUUGACCAGAAAUUUUGAGAAGACCUUGUUUCCAACGUUACGCAAACUAGGCAUCUCCUUCUACGCUUACAGUCCUACGGCUGGGGGCUUCUUAGCAAAGACGAAGCAACAGAUCGUGGACGGAGCUGGCCGAUUCGGGAAAGAGGGAGGCGCUCAGGGCUUCUUCUACAACGAGAUGUACAACAAGCCGUCAGUGUUGGAGGCGUUGGCAACUUGGAAUGAGAUCGCCCAGGAUGCGGGUGUGUCGGGAUAUGAUCUAGCCACUCGAUGGGUAGCUUUCAAUUCUGCCCUUGACCCAGCACAUGAAGACGGUAUCGUAAUGGGUGCAAGCAGGUACCUCAGCUGGGCGAUAAUCUCGCCGGCUUGA